AUAUAUACGUACUGUACCAAUGAUGUGUCUGUAGUAAUGAUGAAAAAAUGUGGCGGUGGGGAGAGGAUUUAUGUAGGUACAGACACGGUCUUUUAUUUGCACGAUUAUCAAGUUUGAAUGCUUAUCCGAUGAUCAUGAUAAAAGUUUGCGUUCUUUUGCUCUAGAUUCUCUAAGAAAAUAGAGUGGAAUAUUUAAAUAGAAAAUCUAAAUCCAAAUAUAUAAAGGUUCUUUCAACAAACAAACAUGUGGGUAUUUGGUUAUGGAUCUCUUAUAUGGAAAGUUGAUUUUCCUUAUGAAAAACGAAUCAUUGGUUAUAUUAAAGGGUAUGUGAGACGAUUUUAUCAAAAAAGUACAGAUCACAGAGGAACACCCACUAAGCCUGGUCGUGUUGUUACGUUGCUUCCAUCUGAGAAUCCAAACGACGAAGUAUGGGGUCUUGCUUAUAAAAUAUCCAUUGAAAAUGUAAAUAACGUCGUUGCACAUUUAGACUUCAGAGAAAAAGGUGGCUAUGAAAGGAAUAUCGUCCUCUUUUAUCCUUAUGCUAAUCUUAGCGACAUUGAUAAGAAACCUUCUUGUACUUCCUUAGAUAGCAUUGUAGAUAUAAAUAAUGCAAUGAUGAUACCAGUUAAAGAAAAAGAUCCAUUCUAUCUAACGAUUUACAUAGGAAGCAAAGAUAAUCCUAAUUACGCCGGUGUUGAAGAUAUCGAAACAAUAGCAAAAUAUAUAUUUACAGCGCAUGGUUCUAGUGGAUCUAACAAAGAAUAUCUUUAUAAAUUAGCGUCCGUUGUACGUGCAUUAAUUCCCAACGCAAACGACGAAUAUUUGUUUUUGUUAGAGAAAGCUGUGAGAAAAUUAGAGAAAGAUUCAGAAAAAGAAAUAAAUGAAUAAAAUGAAUAUAUAUAUA